AUGAUUCGUUUGUUGAAGCGCGCCGAUGUGCAUUUUGCCCGCGCUGACCAAUGCAGCUUUGGUUUGAGAGGUCCAGAAGGAGGACUACAUCAAAAGGCGACUGGAUUUCUGACCAAUUGUCAAAAGAUGGCACAAGUCCUAAGCAGGCGAUGUGAUAGAAGCCACCAGCAUGAAGUGAUCAUCGGGGGCACGAAAUCUAGGAUGGCUCAACAGUACCCGGUGAGACUAAUCGAUGCGAUCUUGAAAUGCCAUAGUGAACAUCUUGGCAUUCCGAUACAGAUCAAGGAGGCGAACGUUCUUUUGGAAGAGAUCUAUCACCUGGACUACGUCAUCAACGAGCACUUCAAGAAGAUGGAGGAUCCUGGACAAGUUGGCGGAUCUGAACUUUGUCAACGAGAUGAACCUGGACAAGAUGAACAUCAAGGUGAAUUACACGAGAUCCUUGCGGGCGCAAUAGAUGAACCAGAGGAAGAGGACCUGGUUCAGAAGGAAGAACCACCGGAAGAAGGACGAGCUUUACCACUAGCCGACAGAUUCAGUCUUUCUCGGUUAGUUCGACGGGCCCAUGAAGGACUAGGACAUCCAGACCGAGAUCGCUUUUUGAGGAUCCUGAAGUACUCCAAGGCCAAAGCCGACGUGCUGGCAGAGGCCAGACGUUUUACUUGCAGUGUCUGUGAAAGACACCAGCAGGUGCGACCGACAAGAAGGAGCGCACCGCCAAGGGAACUGGAGUUCAAUGACUGUGUGGGAGUAGACGUGAUCUAUCUUCCACUACCUGGAGGACAACACAAGACCCGUCCGGCCCUGAACAUCAUAGACUGGAGUUCGAAAUUCCAGUUGAUGAUCCCUUUGACUGACAAGAAACCACAUGUGGUAAGAGAGGCCUAUCGACAAUGGAUCCGAAUUUUCGGACCACCAAAAAGAAUUGCCCUGGACAUGGGGCGUGAAUUCCGCCAAGCAUUCACAACCAGUGCCGAGGAGGAUGGAUCCUUUGUAGAUCCUGCAGCUGUUGAAGCACCGAACCAACGAGGAAUCACUGAGAGACAUGGAAAGACGUUCAAGUUCAUGCUAUUGAAAGCCAUGGACAACUACAACUGUCAAAACACUCGAGAAUGGGAACAGCUGAUUGACGAGGUGGUGAUGACCAAGAACCGCCUUUUACAGAACAAUGGCUUUUCACCAAUGCAGCGCGUUUUUGGGUUUGCUACCCGAAUUCCGGGUGGACUUCUGUCUGGAGAUGAUGGGAAUAGAGCGCUGCCUUCAAGAAUCAGGAUGGGAGAUCUCUCAGUAGAAAGAUCGAUGAGGAUGAGGAAAGCUGCAUCACAGGCCUUUGUGGAGGCGGACUCAGCCGCUUCACUACGACGGGCGAUAGAGACUGGCCCAAGACCGAUGGAGGACUAUCAGAUUGGAGAGAUGGUCUACUUCUUUCGCAAAGGAGCUGACAAAGCUCGAAAGUUCUCACCAGCAUUUUGGUGCGGACCAGCCAAAAUUGUCAUGGUAGACCAACCAAGUACGAUCUGGGUGGCAUAUCAGAGUACACUGGUCAAAGCAUCGCCGGAGAGAAUUCGGCGAGCAAGCGAUGAGGAGAACCUGACAGUCUCAGGAUGGCUUAAGGAUUUGGUGGACACAAAAGCAGAUCUCUGCACUGAGCACAAGCAGGGAUAUUUGGAUUUGGCAGAUCACCCUCUUCCUGAACUACAAGAUAGAACGGAGUCUGAGAACGAAUAUGAACCAUCAGAGCCGAUGGAAGAUAGCAACGAUCUGACGAUACCCAGAAGACCAAUUCCACCACAUUUGAAGCGACUACUGGAACAUGAAGAUCCACCACCUGAGAAACAAUACUUCACCAAAGCACCACCACCUCUACCUGAACCAGACCUUGAUGAUCUACUUGGAGAACCAGAACGACAUUCUGCUGAAGGAGAAGAUGCAACUGAACCUCUUGACAGUCCUGGUCUUCUACCUGCACAUCAUGCGGUCGAAGGCGACCAUGGAGGAGGACAAAAACGAGAUGCAGAUGAUGAUGGAGAGUGGCUGUCGGCUCCACCGACAAAAAGAUCAAGACUGGAAUAUUUGGCCUGCUACUACCAGAAACUGGAACCGUUGAUUGCGGCAAGACAGAGGAAGGAGGUGAGACUCAACGAGAUGACGAAGAUCAACCAGACCAAGUUUAGAAAGGCCAUUGAGAAGGAGAUCCGAAACAAUCUCUCGAUCGGGGCCUACACGAUCUUGUCACAGGAAGAGUCCGCCAGGAUUAGACAGGAACAACCUGAGAAGGUGAUGGAGUCACGUUAUGUACUGACGGCCAAGGAGAUUGAGAUUGACGAGGUCGAAGAGACGAAGGCUGCAGGACUUCUUCUCGAUUGGGAAGGAGAAGAACCAUGCAAAGCAAAGGCGAGACAUGUCAUGAAGGGCUUUUCAGAGACAGGCUCAGAGAACAUAGAAACUGCCACACCACAGGUGACGAGAGAAGGAGCCUUGCUGGUUGCACAACUUAUAGCCAGUCAUCUUUGGAAGAUUGGUUUCAUGGACUUUACUCAAGCGUUCAUGUCAGGUGACAACAUUGACCGAGUGUUGUACACCUCUCAGCCUAGAGAAGGAGUACCAGGUAUGCAACCGGGACAACUAUUGAAGCUCGAGAAGGUCUGCUACGGUCUUGUAGAUGGACCCUUUUGUUGGUUUCAACACUUGCGCAAGCUGUUGGUGGAUACUCUGGGCUAUGAACAGUCACUAGCGGACCCAUGCAUAUACUACAAGCAUAUCAAGACACCAGAAGGACACCGACUGUCUGGGGUCAUUGCAGUGGCGACUGAUGACCUUCUACAUGGUGGAGAUGAACAUCACAUGAAAUGCAUGGAACAGAUCAAGGACACCUACAAGCUGGGUAAGUUCCAAUUUGGUCAUGGAAAGUUCACAGGGAAAUACUUCCGGCAGAAGGAGAACUUCAGCAUCGAGGUCAACCAGGAGAACUACGUCAAGGACAAGCUGAUCAACAUCGAGCUGACCAAGCAACGGAAACGGCAACGUUACUCCAUGUGCGAUGAGAAGGAAAUCUCAACCCUCCGAGCGAGUGUUGGAGCGUUAGCCUGGUUAGCAAAAGAGACGAGACCAGAUCUAGCUGGAAGAGUGGCACUGCUUCAACAAGCAUUUCCACGACCUCGAGUACUUGACCUCCUAGAAGCUAAUGCACUGAUUUUGGAGGCCAAGCAAACGGCAACGAGUGGCAUCGUUUUGAUGCCGAUUCCAAUAGAACGACUUCGAGUAGGAGUGGCAACCGAUGCUUCCUGGGGAAAUUCCAGAGAUCGAGAGCAACUUGAAGAUGGAAAGGAUGACUUCUGGGAGGAGACUUCGUCUUUCUGGAUUCGUCAUCAUGUAACGCCGAGAAGAACACUCUUUCAUCCAGGAGCCAAUCUAGGACCAGAACUUCAGACACUACUGCCAUCUCGAAAAACGAUGACAGACAGGGGGCAAACCUUAGAAGAUCAGUGGACCACCUCGGAGAGUAUCAGAACUUGGGGCGAAGAUUCAUGGACGGGAAAGACGUUCUUUGCAAAACAACCACCUGGACAGGAAUUGGAGCACACCAAGAUCAAUGAUGUUUUCCUCAAGCUCCUCAACACCAGCAGCCAAGGUCAUGACAUGAAGGAACAAGAGUGGGAGAACAAGUUGUCAGAGAUCCCCUUCGUGUCGGUCGUAGAUUCAAAGUCGCUCUUCGAUUGCCUGAAUAAGUUGAUCUGCACCUAUGCCCAGAUUGAGGACAAAAGAACAGCAAUAGAUGUUGCCAUACUCAAAGAUGACUUACGAAAAACUGGUGGUCAUGUCCGCUGGGUUGAAGGUACCAACAUGAUUUCCGAUUGUCUUACCAAACGAAUGAAAGGUGACUUCUUGAGAAAAAUUUGUAACUCUGGAUUCUGGACAUUACAUGCAGAAGGACAUCAAAGGAUGUUCCAAGAACACGAUGUGCUGAUGGUCUCAGUACACAAGCCAAUAAAGUAG